AUUUUUUUCUCUCAAUAAGUAGGAGUGACCAAACCCAACCCAUCAACACCGAAACUAUCUCUGUUUCUUUCUUUGCCUCUUGUUGUCCCUCCAAUCCCAAAGACCUUCUAAUCGCACAGAGUCAGACUCACCGCUUCUCCGAUCCAACUUCGUCUUGGUUUAUGAGCUCGAAGGAGAGACCCACUCUCGGUGGUACGCGGAUUAAGACCCGCAAACGGAAUAUUGCGGCGCCGCUGGACCCUGCAGCUUUUGCGGAUGCAGUGGUCCAGAUUUAUCUGGAUAAUGCUGGUGAUCUGGAACUUGUUGCCAAGAGCAUUGAAUCUUCAGACCUUAACUUCUCAAGAUACGGUGACACCUUUUUUGAGGUUGUUUUCACAGGUGGGCGUACACAACCUGGAACAACAAAACCUGAUGAGGGGGAGCGCCACCCUUACUCUAUACUAGACGGUGAGCCUAAACGUGAAGUGAUUUUACCAUCUGUAAUCUACUUACAGAAAAUUUUGAGGCGGAGAGCUUUCCUCAUAAAGAGUCUUGAAAAUGUCAUGCGAAGAUUCCUUCAGUCAUUGGAGUUUUUUGAAGAAAAUGAAAGGAAGAAACUUGCAAUUUUCACAGCACUUGCAUUCUCUCAGAAGCUGUCAGGUCUUCCUCCAGAGACUGUCUUCCAGCCAUUGCUCAAGGACAAUCUUGUUGCCAAAGGGCUAGUUUUAUCAUUUAUAACGGACUUCUUCAAGGAGUAUCUGGUUGAUAACAGCCUUGAUGAUUUGAUUUCAAUUCUGAAGCGGGGUAAAGUGGAGGACAAUCUUCUGGAGUUCUUCCCAUCUGCAAAGAGAUCUGCUGAAUCUUUCUCUGAGCAUUUCAGUAAGGAAGGAUUGCUAGCAUUGGUUGAAUACAAUGAGAAGAAAAUAUUUGAGGUGAAACUUAAGGAAAUGAAGUCUGCCCUGACAAGUCAGUUAACUGAGGAAGCUGAUAUAGCUGAUGUCAUAGAAACUGUGAAGCAGCGUGUUAAAGAUGCAAAAUUACCUGACAUUGAGGUUGUGCGUAUUCUGUGGGAUGUCAUAAUGGAUGCUGUUCAGUGGUCUGGAAAGAACCAGCAACAGAAUGCUAAUUCUGCUCUUCGCCAGGUGAAAACAUGGGCAAAACUAUUGAACGCUUUCUGCACCAGUGGGAAGCUUGAGCUGGAACUGAUCUACAAAGUCCAGAUGCAGUGCUAUGAGGAUGCUAAGCUGAUGAAGCUGUUCCCUGAGAUUGUGAGAUCCCUCUAUGAUCAAGAUGUGCUUGCUGAAGACACCAUUCUUCAUUGGUUCCGCAAAGGAACAAACCCUAAGGGCAGGCAGACCUUUGUGAAGGCGUUGGAGCCAUUUGUGAACUGGCUGGAAGAGGCUGAGGAAGAGGAAUAGGCGCAGCAGACAGCAGCAGCAGCAGCAGCAGCUCUGAUGAUGAUGUGCUUAUACUUGUUAUGGCCUGUUAUUGUGUCCUAUGAUCCCCAUCCCAUUUUCUGAGAUAUUAUCAAACUCAUAAAUUUCUCUGUCCCUCCCCUAUUAUAAAGAACAUUUGUGUGUGCUGCUAAUGAUAUGACAAAUCACGGUUGCAAUAAUCAAAACAUGGGUUUUUGUAAUCCCUCUCUCUCUCUCUCUCUCAAUUCCAAUGGAAGCGAAGUGGGAGGAAACAAAGUUGCAGCUUUGUUAUCCUAUAUAUGGGUUCCACUUAUUUUACUUCCUGUUCAA